UGAGGUGUUGCAGCUAAUCGCAAAAGCUACGGGCUGCUCCAUUCUGCUGCUCCAGGGAGGUUAAUGAGUGAAGUCACUGGGCUGUCAGCCAAACAUGAGCAGCAAUGCUUAGGCUCCCACAAUGAGCCUUACCACUGUCUAAUUAUACACUCCCAAAAAGACAGGGAGCGACAGAGAGCGUGCCAGGCAGAGGAAAUAAGAAGUUCUAAAAUGUUGCUGUUCGUCACAGACUUAACAAGAGGAGUAGACAAAGUUGAGGCAGGAGGUGUACAGCAGUUAGCAGGAAAGAGACAGGGAGGGAGGGAGCUGGAGAGAUCAGGCAAGCCGGGGAGAGAAACGGCACGCUUAGAGGGAGAUACAGAGAGGCAGAGCAAAGAGGCGUUUAGAGAGUGAGAAGGAAGGGAGGCAGGAAUAGGAUGAAGGACUGAGCAUUAGAAAGGAGGAAGAGGCUCACAGUCUCCAAACUGGAUAUUCCGACGUGCCUGCCUUCCUCUGAUCCCGUGAGUAAACUCAGAUACCUGCUACGCCAUGGCACCCUGCAAGGUGAGCGGUGCAUCGACACAAAGGCAUCUACAGUGAUCCGAUAGUGAUGCUGUGUGUCAGCCUUCCCCUCUGCCUGUGCCCCUCGUUCUCCCGUGAGGCCCAUGUAACCUAGCCUACACCUACACAUAGGGGGCCCCUACUGCUGCUGGAGCCCACACAUGAAUCCCAGCCCUGACCGCAGCAAAGAGUGUCUCCCUCCGAAGAAGAGGGAGUCUCGGCAAGGAUCGGCAGAGCACCAUGUCCCCUUAGACGAGUUUAAACCCCCUGUGCCUCUCCGGAGUCGGUCUAACAAUGGGAGAGGUGAGGGAAGCAGAGAGGCCUGCGACAGAGAUAGAGUUCUCUCCAAUCCAAAUCCUCACCUUCUGCAUAGUCCCACACCUCUGCCCCCACCAGCACAAGGCCUUCCUGUACCCCCACAAUGGCCCCUUACCUACUCACCUUCCGGCUCCCUUCCCCUUUAUUCCGGGCAAAUGGGUGAGAGGAGGAACUCAAGGUCUCCAACAUGGAGAGACGAUCCACUUCCUGCACCUUUGCCCCACCACUCCAGGUGGCUUAGAGGGGAUACCCCCUUAUCAUUGCCUACUUCCCCUUCGUCUUCUCCUUCCCCCUCCUUUAAGACUCCCUACCCUGCCAGUUCCAGGGAGAUGUGGUCUUAUUUUAACAGUGGUCGGCGGGACUACUGUUCCUCUCUUUAUUCUCCUUAUUUGUUUCCUCCUCACUAUCUGUACUCCCAAGAUCCAAACUUAGUAGAAGGGAGACCCAGGUACUUAAACAAGAGGCCUAAUGGCUUGGAUGGGCUAGGUAGCAGGACUGCCUCAGCUUCCAGACCUCUGCUCACAGGAGAAUAUUGCAAUGACAAUAGCAGAUCCAGGCUCAAUGUCAGUCCGCACAGUUCCCAUGCUAAUGGUGGACGGAGACAACAUGAGGAUUUGACGGCCCAUGUUCUUUCUGGAAGGGCAUUCCUGUCAGACUCUCAAGCCCAGGAGACCCUCGAGUCUCAUUCCUCUCUGCAGGAAAGACAUCCACAUGAGAAGGGGAGCCUGGGGUUACUUUCCACCAGUCCCCAUCCCCUCGGACUGGAUCCCAGGCCCCCCAGAGGGGGGCCUUCGGACUAUAUGGGGACCACACAAACUAAAGCCCAAAUUUACUACUCCUUGGGAUCUGUGUCACACCCCAAUCCUCAGGUCCAAACCUACAAUCUCUACAGCUCUCCAGAAACUCCGCCAUAUAACCUGCACAAAGAGCCAAGUCAGAGACAGCACAAUCUAAGGAACUCUCCACACUUACCCCUGGGUCUGCCCAACAGCCAUGACAGGUCACAAAGAGACAGUGACAGAGACCAAGAGAAGGAAAGGGUCUUAAAACGGGACAAAGAACAAAGCAAAGACAAAGAAAAGCAACCACAUCACGACAAAGACCAAGAUAGAGACAACGAGCGUGAGAGACAAUGCAACAGAGGAAGCGAAUCAUCUCCUUCCCAUCUUCACAGCCCAUCCCUGACCCUUCACAAAUCUCCCCCUGCACUCCUACCUCACUUCACCAAAGGGUCUCUGAUUGAGCUGGCCAGUGGGAAGCUGAAGCGGGUAGAGGAGCUGCGGACAGAGGACUUCUUGAGAAGCGCAGACACGUCCUCAGAGUUCCACCUCAGUACCUGCACUGUGCAGUGGAUUUCUCCCAGCAGCGCACAGGGCUUCAGCCACCUGCAGGUGCAUCUCACAGACCGUAAUACUCAGGAGACACUGAAGGUCUUGAUGGAAUACCCGUUCUUUGUGCAAGACCGGGGCUGGUCUUCUUGCUCUCCCCAGAGAACCACACAGCUUUACGGCCUGCCUUGCCGCCAGCUCUCAGAGGGUGACGUAUGCUUGGCCCUCACCCCCACACCCACCCAAACUCACCGGACACAGGCGCGCACCAGCUCGAGAACGCAUCGCCCCCAUCUCCCGUCCAAGGUGACAGUGGAAUCCAGCAGCUCGCACAGGGAGGAGAUGCCCCCUCCACCUCCUCCGCCCCCUCUUCCUCACCAAGCACCUGCUCCCGCCCCGGUCCUCCAGCGCGCUCUGGCUGCGGAGCCUCCGGCCAGGGAGCAACAGUGCCGCCGGAAACGGCGUUGGUCUGCGCCGGACGCCCUUCCUUUAACCGGACCUGAUGAAAAACUUUUGGAUUUACCUCGUGGCUCUAAGCUAAUGAAGUGGCAGUAGAAACUUGCACAUGCACAUACACACACCCUCCUUGUCUCUGUUGCCCCACCGCCAAGACAAAACAGUGGAGAGACUUCAAGGUAGGGUUGCAGGGAAGGAUCACAACAUAUAAAGAAAUCGCAAAUUGACACACGAUCUGCGCCUUUCCUUUCCUUUAGCCUAACCUUUGAAAGGAAAAAACAGCUCAAGGAUUUCCGGAUGACUCCCAACAGAUACACUGAAGACAUUAUGUGAGACAAUCAAACAUUCGUCUGUUCACUCUGUUUAUGUCAUGAUUGUCCCACACUCCUGAAUGAAAGUAUUCACUGCAGGGUUUUCAAUCAGUGUAAUGAAAUCAUAUGCUAUUGAAGAAGUGCAGGUAUAAAUAUAUAAAUAACAUGACAAUAUAUAUUACAUUACAGGUGUUAUAUACAGUAAAUAUGCUAAACAGAUUUGAUGCAAUUUCCGUCAAUCUUGCAAUGCAGUCUUGUUUUUUUGUUCCUUAUUCUUUCUUCGGUUUCUUGCUCUGAUCUGAUGCUCAGGUGUCGGCUCAGCGGGCAAAGGUGAAUGUAUGAGCAACUUUUCGCCUUCUUUCAACUCAUCGCUGGG